AUGUGAUAGAUUUGUGUCAAAACUAUUUAGUUUCUAUGUUAUGAAAUAUGCAAUAGGCUGAAUGUGAUUGCAUAUUCGAUGGUUCAUUGGGACAUUCAAGAUUCAAAGGGACAAAAUAGCGCCAAAUACAUUCAUUAGUGUACAACAAUGAAAAUAUAAAAAAGAAUAGAUGCUGAGAUGAGCGGUAGUGAUUGUUUGGAUGUACAAUUUUCUGCGAAAUGGAGUUUAAAAACAUCUGAUAGUGAUAACAAGCCUCUGGAAUGUGUUCCACUGCUUUUGAUGGAUGUCAAACAUUGUAGCGCCUUUUCGCCAACAGUUUUUGAAGCAUUUGAUGGCAAAGUGCUUUUUCGUACAAUAAUGAUACAUGCACGUAUAGUGGGUAAAGUGGUUCCGAGUAAAAAUAAUGGUCACUACAAGUUUGAAAUUGAUGACAACACCUCAGUUUUGCCUUUGUUUAUUCCGAAAAAAGAAGCCGACAUUCUCGAAUUACAACGCUUGCGAAAUGAAGUGUUUAUAAGAAAGUCAAUUAAGGAGAAUACAGAUAUUUUAACUGCAUUAGAGAAACUGCUGAACAAAACUAGAAAACAACUAGACCCAUCACGAAUUGCCGUAGGUAACAAAGUAUUUGUCUUUGGAAGGCCAGAUUUGUUUCGUGGCCAAAUGGGCGUAUUCUGCUUUAGUUGGGACAUCGACACGGGUUGCGAUAGAACAAUGGAAUUGGCUUUCAAAGACGAAAUAAUUGACUGGUACAUGAAGAUAUAUAAAACAUCAAAAAGAUAAA